UGUGAGCGGGGCUCGUGCGCCUGACCCCGCGGACCCUGCCGGCCGCCCCCACUGCCCCUUGGGCGGCGCCUGCUUCGCCGUCCCUCCCGGGGACACGGGAAGGCCGCGGAGCCGCACGUGUGCCGUGUGCGCCCACGCUAGCGUGUCCUCGGGCUCGUCCCGCGCCGGGAUCCUGCGGCUUGAGGGCCCGGACCGGGGGACCGCGCCGAGCCGGGCUCUGCGGCCGCAGGGCAGGGGGCGCCGAGCGGCACGAGGUGCCCGGAGCCGAGAGGGUGGGCAUGGCCAGCAUCACCCAGCUGUUCGACGACCUGUGCGAGGCCCUCCUGCCGGUCGCGAAGGCUCGCUUGGGCCAGCGCGGCGUGAGCCGAAGGAGGGCGAAGCAGAGCCUCAAGAGGGUGGCCUACAACGCUCUCUUCACCAGUCUGUUUCAAGAUGAGACGCAGAGGCUGCAGCCUGACCCCUCAAAACUCCCGGUGAAAAACAAGAUCCUCAUGCUGUCCUUCGACUUGAGGGUGGGUGGCCUGGGCCCCGAGGCUGACCGUUUGGAGGAGCUGGUGGAGGAGCUGGAAGCAGGCCCUUGCUGUCCGCUUGCGGAGGUGGGCUCUGUUUUGGACCUCCUGGUUCAGCUGGCAGGGAGUGGCCCCCCGCGAGUGCUGCCGCGAAAGCGGGACUACUUCUUUAACAACAAGUACGUUGGGAGAAACGUUCCCUACAGCGGCUACGACUGCUACGACCUGAGUGUGUUUGAGAUGGACGUUCAGUCUCUGAUCUCCAGAGAGGAGUAUCUAUGUCAGGACAUGAUCCACAAAGCGCUUCAGGUGAUGGAGGCGGCGCCGGGCACUGGCCUGCCCACUGUUGGGCUCUUCUCGUAUGGUGACCCUUGUGGUGACAGGUUUGAGAGAGACACCCGGGUCUCGCUGUUCGGUGCCCUUGUGCACAGCCGUACAUACGACAUGGAUGUCCGCCUGGACCUGCCCCCGGUGCCAGACAGCGCAGACCUCUCUGGACUGGCUAUUAAGGUUCCUCAGAGUGUGGAUCAGUCAGAAGAUGAAGGGUUCCAGUCAGCAUCCAAUUUAACUCCCGAUUCCCAGUCUGAACCAGGCAUGACUCCAGACAUCGACCUGUGGGACGCUGUGCUCACCUACGAGGCCAGCAAGCGGAGGUGCUGGGAGCAAGUUGGAUGCCCCCCUGGCCACAGAGAGGAGCCCUACCUCACCGAGGCGGGAAGGGACGCCUUUGACAGGUUCUGCAGGCUCCGCCAAGGGGAGCUGCAGGUGCUUGGUGGGGGCCUCCUGCAGGCCCCGCAGCCCGUCCUGGUGAAGGAGUGUGAGCUGGUGAAGGAUGCACUGAACGUCCUGAUUGGGGUCGUGUCUGCCACGUUUUCCCUCUGCCAGCCGGCUCAGGCCUUCGUGGUGAAGCGGGGUGUCCAUGUAUCGGGAGCAUCCCCCGAGAGCGUCAGCAGCCUCCUCUCGGAGGUGGCCGAGUGCGGGACCCACUAUGCGCGCCUGAGCCACUUCUCCCUGCAGCCUGUACUGGACUCCGCAUGCAGCAAAGGCCUCGUAUUCCAGGCCUUCACCAGCGGCCUGAGGAGGUACCUGCAGUAUUACCGGGCUUGUGUCCUCUCCACUCCGCCCACUCUGAGCCUCCUCACCAUUGGCUUUCUCUUCAAGAAACUGGGCCGGCAGCUCAGGUACCUGGCUGAGCUCUGUGGGGUCGGCACUGCACUCCCUGGCACCGGUGGAGGAGAGCCCAGCGCCGCGUUCCCCACUGGGGUGAAGCUGCUCUCCUACCUCUACCAGGAGGCCCUGGAUAACUGCAGCAACGAGCACUACCCGGUGCUGCUGUCCCUGCUGAAGACCAGCUGCGAGCCCUACACACGGUUCAUCCACGACUGGGUAUACAGUGGGGUCUUCAGAGAUGUUUAUGGCGAGUUUAUGAUCCAAGUGAACCAUGAGUACCUCGGCUUCAGAGAUAAGUUUUACUGGACCCACGGCUACGUGCUCAUUUCCAAAGAGGUGGAGGACUGCGUGCCCAUGUUCUUGAAGCACGUCGCCCACGACGUGUAUGUCUGCGGGAAAACCAUCAACUUGCUGAAGCUCUGCUGCCCCCGGCACUACCUCUGCUGGUCUGAUGUCCCUGUCCCUCGGAUCUCGGUGAUUUUCUCCCUUGAAGAGCUGAAGGAGAUCGAGAAGGACUGCGCCAUCUACGUGGGGCGGAUGGAGAGGGUGGCGCGCCACAGCUCCAUCAGCAAGGAAGAGAAGGAAUUACGAAUGGAAAUUGCAAAGCAAGAAUUGAUUGUCCACGCCCGAGAGGCAGCGUCCAGGGUCCUGAGUGAGCUCAGCGACCGGCAGAUGUCUGAACGGAUGGCUGUGGACGCCCGGAAGCGGGAGCAGUUUCAGAGGCUGAAAGAGCAGUUUGUGAAGGAUCAGGAGCGACGCCGGGCGGCCAGGCAGGAGGAGCUGGAUGACGACUUCAGCUACGCCCGCGAACUCCGCGACAGGGAGAAGAGGCUGAAGGCUCUGGAGGAGCAGCUGGAGAGGAAGGCGAGGCAGGCGCUGGUUGACCAUUACAGUAAGUUGUCUGCAGAGGCAGCUCGUCGAGAGCAAAAGGCGCUGUGGAGAAGCCAGAGGCACAGGCUGGCGAGCGCACGGCUGCAUUUUCUCCUAGAAGAUCAGAAACACAUUCAGGGAAUGCUGAAUGACCUGUCCGAGGGGAAGCCCCUGGAGCUUCUGGCCGUCCUCCCGAGUGCACACUCCCAGGUUUCAUCUCCAGGUCCCGAGCACCCAGAUGGAGGUGGCAGCUGUCAUUCUGGGAGUGCAGAACAGCACGUGGCUGCUUGGGAUUGCCCGAGCAGGCCGAGCGUGCCGAUGCUGCAACCCCUCGAGGCUCCAGCAGCAGGGGCCUGUGGCUUGAGGCCAGGAGCAGGCCCACAGCCAGGGCAGGCAGAGGGGCCAGGGCCCUUCUCUGCAGGCCUCAGCACCCAAGACUUCCUGCCCAUGGGCCAGGGAGCUGAGCAGCUUGUGCACACCAGCGUGGCCCCUGUCCUGCAGGAGGCACUGCAGACCAUCAGCUCAGACCUGCCUCCCCCAGGUCCAUCUGCAGUGGUGGGCACAGGGCCAUCUGGGCCACAAGAGUACGAUUUCAGAACCAUCCUGAGGCCAGCCGUGGCCACCUUGGCUUCCCCAGGGCCCCUCCAGACUGUAAGAGGCAACUUGGACAGCGAGGGGCAGCUGUGGGGGGACACUCAAAUGCAGGUGGACAUGUCUGUCCUGGAUGGGCAGGUGGCUCUGCCUCACCCACACUCCCCCAGGCACAACUCCCCCCAGGAGGGGAGCAGCCAGGCCACAGGCCAGCUCCCUGGGCAUGUGUCAGAGGGCAGUGUUCCCACAGGGGCUCAUCCUUCUGGAAUGGUCCCCUCCCAACCACGGUGGAACGUCCAUGGACAUGUGUCUGAUGCCAGCAUCAGGGUGGGGGAGAACGUGUGGGAUGUGGCCCCCUCCUGGCCACGGUGGAACGUCCACGGACACGUGUCUGAUGCCAGCAUCAGGGUGGGGGAGAACGUGUGGGACGUGGCCCCCUCCCGGCCACGGUGGAACGUCCACGGACACGUGUCUGAUGCCAGCAUCAGGGUGGGGGAGAACGUGUGGGACGUGGCCCCCUCCCGGCCACGGUGGAACGUCCAUGGACACGUGUCUGAUGCCAGCAUCAGGGUGGGGGAGAACGUGUGGGACGUGGCCCCCUCCCAGCCACGGUGGAACGUCCAUGGACACGUGUCUCAGUCCCACAUGAUGCUGGGUACACUCUCAGAGGAAACCCAGAUCGAUAAGCCUAGGCCCCCCCGCAACUCCCCUGACCACGUGUCCCUGUCAGGCCUCAGCCUGGGAGAACAGAGCCCUGCCCAGGACUGUGAGCCACAACUGCCCACAGACAUGGCCUCAGGCAGCUCCUGCACUCAGGUGGCUGGCUCUGGUUGUGGGGAGGAGAGUGGCCUCCAGGCCUCAUUGUCGGCUGUGGCUGUGCCUGGCGUUCUAGGAGACGGCACCCCCGAGGAGCCAGGCCCAGGGAGGAGUGGGGACACUGAGGACAUCUCUCCAAGCCACCCUCCAGGCUCACAGGAAGGCGCGGCUGCCCGGAGCAGCCCGGGCCUCAGUGAGGAGGAGGUGGCGGCUGGGCGCUGGAGCAGGGAGCAGGCCUACCUGGCAGGCCUGGCGGGGCAGUACUGCCUGGAGCCUUACCCAGACAGCUACGAGGCCAUGUCAGAGCCUCCCGUCGCCCACUUCCUACACCACGGGCUGCCCCGGGCUUUCGCCGUCCCUGAGGACCCCCAGGUCCAGUCAGACGCGGACGAGACAGCAGUGCAGCUAAGUGAGCUGCUGCCACUGCCCGUGCUCAUGAAGCGCUCCCUCACUGCCCCGCUGGCCACCCAUGUCUCCUUGGUGAACAAGGCCGCGGUCGACUAUUUCUUCGUGGAGCUCCACCUCGAGGCACACUUCGAGGCCCUGCGGCACUUCCUGCUGAUGGAGGACGGCGAGUUCGCCCAGUCCCUCAGCGACCUGCUCUUUGAGAAGCUUGGGGCGGGGCAGACGCCUGGGGAGCUUCUCAACCCGCUGGUGCUCAACUCAGUGCUGAGCAAGGCCCUGCAGUACAGCCUGCACGGUGACACCCCACACGCCGCCAACCUCUCCUUCGCCCUCAAGUCCCUGCCCGAGGCGUUUGCUCCUAACGCCCCAGACGUGCUGAGCUGCCUGGAGCUCAGGUACAAGGUGGACUGGCCCCUCAACAUCGUCGUCACUGAGAGCUGCCUGAGCAGGUACAGCGGCAUCUUCUCCUUCCUGCUGCAGCUGAAGCUCAUGAUGUGGACGCUCAGGGAUGUCUGCUUCCACCUCAAGCGCACAGCGCUGGUGAGCCACGUGGCCAGCUCCGUGCAGUUCCGCCAGCUGCAGCUGUUCAAGCACGAGAUGCAGCACUUCGUGAAGGUCAUCCAGGGCUACAUUGCCAACCAGAUCCUGCAUGUCACCUGGUGUGAGUUCCAGGCCAGGCUGGCUGUGGUGGGCGACCUGGAGGAGAUCCAGCGCGCCCACGCCGAGUACCUGCACAAGGCCAUCUUUAGGGGCCUGCUGACGGAGAAGGCAGCACCUGUCAUGAACAUCAUCCACAGCAUCUUCAGCCUCAUCCUCAAGUUCCGCAGCCAGCUCAUCUCCCAGCCCUGGGGCCCAGCCAGUGGCCCCCGGGGUGCUGAGCACCCUAACUUUGCCCUCAUGCAGCAGUCCUACAGCACCUUCAAGUACUACUCCCACUUCCUCUUCAAAGUGGUGACCAAGCUGGUGAACCGCGGCUACCAGCCCCACCUGGAGGACUUCCUGCUGCGCAUCAACUUCAACAACUACUACCAGGAUGUCUGAGGGCCGCUCCAGGUGAGGCACGGGGCACAUGAGAAACAGGCCACCCGCCCGCCAGUGCUGAUCUCUCCUGGGCAGGUCCUGGGGCCAGGGCAGGGGCAGAAUGACCACACAGAGAUGGGCCAAGGAAGCUGCUGGUUUAUUUAGGGGCCGAGUCUCCCUGACAACCAGGAGCCACACGGU